CCUGGUUGUAGCUGUCAAACACAGGCUGCGGUAUAGAUAACAACCGAUGUCCUCAGUCGCCUCCCUGAAACGCCCAGAGCGAGUUUUAUUCAGCCACAAAACAAGAAAUCCUGGCCGACGAUGGCUUUCAGGAAGGCUCUUAAACGGACGGCGAUCAUAGGCGGCGGGGCGGUCGCCACAGUUUUCGGCCUGUCACAGCUGAUCGAGUACAGGAAGACACAGCACGGAUUGGCUCGGUUAGCCCACGUGGCAGCAGAGGCAGAGCUGAAGGUUCCCUUUGCGGACGAGCUCCCGUCUCGGCAGACCCAGCUCGCGGCGCUGAAGAACACUGAGGAGUUUGAUAUUCUGGUUGUCGGAGGAGGUGCCACGGGUGUAGGAUGUGCCUUAGACGCUGUCACACGCAACCUCAAGACCGCCCUCGUAGAAAGAAGCGAUUUCUCUUCUGGGACAAGCAGUCGGAGUACCAAGCUGAUCCACGGUGGAGUCCGCUAUCUCCAGAAGGCCAUCAUGCAGUUAGACUAUGAGCAGUACAUGAUGGUGAAAGAGGCCCUCCAUGAGCGGGCCAACCUCCUGGAGAUUGCACCUCACCUGUCUGCGCCACUCCCCAUCAUGCUUCCUGUUUACAAAUGGUGGCAGUUGCCUUACUACUGGGCAGGGAUCAAGAUGUAUGACUUGGUGGCUGGGAUCCAGUGCCUGAAGAGCAGCUAUGUCCUCAGUAAGACCAAGGCCUUGGAGCUUUUCCCCAUGCUGAAGAAGGACAAGCUGGUUGGGGCUAUUGUCUACUAUGACGGGCAGCACAACGACGCCCGUAUGAACCUGGCCAUCGCCCUCAGCGCCGCCCGCUAUGGCGCUGCCAUGGCCAACUACACCGAGGUGGUCCGCUUGCUGAAGACAAACGACCCACAGACCGGAAAGGAGAAGGUGUGUGGUGCCCGCUGCAGGGACGUCAUCACAGGGCAGGAAUUUGACGUGAAGGCCAAGUGUGUGAUCAACGCCACCGGCCCGUUCACAGACUCACUGAGGAAGAUGGACAACCAGGAGACCCAAAACAUCUGCCAACCCAGCGCUGGCGUUCACAUCGUCAUCCCCGGUUACUACAGUCCUGACAACAUGGGUCUGCUCGAUCCAGCUACGAGCGACGGACGUGUCAUCUUCUUCCUGCCCUGGGAGAAGAUGACCAUCGCCGGGACGACAGACACACCCACCAAAGUGACGGCCCACCCCAUCCCGGGAGAGGACGACAUCAACUUCAUCCUUAGAGAGGUCCGCAACUACCUCAGCCCUGACGUGGAAGUGCGGCGAGGAGACGUGUUGGCAGCGUGGAGCGGCAUCCGACCCCUGGUGAUCGACCCCAACUCCAAAGACACUCAGUCCAUCUGCAGAAACCACAUCGUCAGCAUCAGUGACAGCGGCCUGGUCACCAUCGCCGGUGGGAAGUGGACCACGUACAGGUCCAUGGCAGAGGAGACUCUGGACGCAGCCAUCAAAGCCCAUGGCCUGUCAGCCGAGUCCUGCAAGACUGUGGGUCUGGCGCUGGAGGGAGCCAAGGGCUGGACGCCGACCCUCUACAUCCGCCUGGUGCAGGACUACGGGCUGGAGAAAGAGGUCGCUCAGCAUCUGGCCUCCACAUACGGUGGAAAGGCCUUCGAUGUGGCCAAAAUGGCUCAAGUCACUGGGCAGAGAUGGCCAAUUGUGGGGAAAAGGCUGGUGUCAGAAUUCCCUUACAUUGAGGCUGAGGUGCUGUACGCGAUCAAGGAGUAUGCCUGCACAGCCAUUGAUGUUAUCGCCCGACGAACACGCCUGGGCUUCUUGAACGUGCAGGCAGCCGAUGAAGCCCUCCCAUGCAUUGUGCAGAUCAUGGGCAAAGAGCUGGACUGGAGUCAGGAGCGCAGGACGGCGGAGCUUGAAGCUGCAAGGAAGUUUUUGUACCAAGAGAUGGGCUACAGGUCUCGUUCUGAGCAGCUGACCAAGACGUCAGAGAUCAACCUGGACUACCAGGAAGUAGUCAGGUACAAGAAGCGUUUCCAUAAGUUUGACAAAGAGAGCAAAGGAUUCAUCACCACUGUUGACGUGCAGCAAGUUUUGGAAAGCAUCAAUGUCCACAUUGAUGAAAAUGCGCUCCAUGAAAUCCUUAAUGAGGUGGACCUCAACAAGAACGGACAAGUUGAAAUUGAUGAAUUCUUGCAGCUGAUGAGCGCGGUGAAGAAGGGACAAGUGUCCGACAGCCGCCUGGCCAUUCUGCUGAAAUCGGCGGAGGAAACUCUGGAUAAGAGAGGACCGGUGACGGUGGACCGAAGCGGUGGCGGCGUCUGAGCCCGAGACGAGGAGGAUUCUUCGAGGACGCCGAGGAAACCUUCGGCUACUUUUAAAGGUGGCGAUGACACAAAAACAAAAGGGUCUCAUGCAAAUGUGCGAUUUGAAUGACAAUAAUGCAAUCAAGCAGGCGGCGGGAUGAAUUUGGCCAAAUCAAGUGCAGCCCGGCUUCACUGCUGAGUGUUUUGGGUGAAAUAGUAUCUAAUGAUUGAGGCUGGGGUUGGUUUUUCAUGAAGUCAGAGAGUAGAUGUGUCUGUCUGUGUGUCUCUUGUCCUCAGUGGAGUGAUUGCGUCUCAACAUCAGGUGCCUCUGAUAUUACACAGCACACAGUGUAUCUGUUUUAUACUGUCUUUUAAACAAACUCUUUGAUAUUUGCAUCACAACCUUAUCUUUGUAGUUUCUCCGACACUCCUUUUUAAACUUCGUUUUUAACAUAAUCGACACUGAUUGUUGAGCAAACUCUGUCCUCAAUGCGACGCAGCUUUUUAAGAUGGCAACUGAGCAUUUGGUUAUGCUUUAUCUCACGGGUCCAUUGUUUCUGAAUGAUUCCCUCAAAGUUUCCUGGAAAGAACAACGUAACUCGGGACCAAAUGUUGGGAAAAUAAGCGAGAGAGUCUUGUAGGCCCCAUUGCCAAGUAAUGAUUGAAGUUUUUUUUACAAACGCUCUUAUAUUUUUAGUCACUUCUCCUCAAAACCGUAUUUAAAAGUGAGUGCAGGUGCAUGGUGAAGAGCUUCUGAAUUGUUUUAUUCUUAAUUGUUUAAUUGUUAUAUAUAACAAUAAAUAAAUAAAAAAACAAAAAUAUUACAAACCAUAAAAAUGUUUUAUACUUUAUACUAUUUGGUAUAAAAAUUUGCUUAAUGGAAGAUUUAAAAAAGACAAGCCUACAACUUAGCAGAAAUGAAGAAUAAAGUUUCCAGCAAUAAAUAAAAGACAAAUAUUUAUUGGUUUAAAUGGAGCCUUUUUUUAAAAUCUGUAAUUACAAAUUACCAAUUCUUUCCAGGAAACUUCUUGUGAAGUUGGACCCCUCUACUAAAGCCUCAGUGGGCAUUUCAAUGCAUUGUUUCUGAUCUUUGCAUGUUACAAGCAGCAGUCGGAUCAUUUUGAAUGGUUCUUAAAGCACCCUGACAUGUUUCUGAGGCCUGCUCUUAUCCCAGAGACGUUUCAAAAAGCUGAUCUGGGAUAAGUUUGGGAGGAAUCAUACAUCUUCUUCUCGACUGUAUUUUCCAUCUAUUGCACUACAAACAAACUACUGAUGGUCAGGUUUACACGACAAGGUUUCCAGCUUUAGCGCUACUGAGGAAGAUGCUUUUUAAUCACUACUGUUCUGUUCUGUUCUUUCUGUGCAUAUUUUUAAUAAUAUUUAUUCCAGCCGUUUACAGACAGAAAUACACAGAUUGUAGAUUUAAAAACAGGAUUUCAAAGGGACUAUGAUGUGUUUGAGUGAUUUUAUGAGGUGGAUUGCAUGCUACAUGUUAACUCUCAGCAAUGUAAAGCAAAAUCUUUAUUUUUACAGUGCAUGUUUGAAGAUCACUCUUUUAUUUCUGUGCUUGUGCUCGAGAGCAGAGAGAUCUGAUCUGAAAUGGUGUAUUAACGCACAUCCAGUCUGUCUGCGAGUCCCUCAGCAGCGGACCGAUAAUAUAUAAUCCUGCAUGCUGUUAGCGUCAUUGUUAAUGUGACAAAAAUAAUCCAUCAUGGACGUCUCAGCAUGUUUGAGCUUCAGCUUUUGUGUGAUUUUUCAGGAGUGAAAUGGAAAGGUGGUGCACUGUAUGAAUGUAUAUGUGCCUUGAUGUGCCUCAGACAUUUUCACAAUGCCACACUCCAUGUUAAACAAAUACAGGAAAUUAUGUUAAGAAUGUAGAGAUAUUUAAAGAACUGUUGUUAUAUAAAGAGUUGUAUUUAAACUUUUUUGUAUGUCAAUUUAUUUUGAACAGGGGUCUGUUCUAGCCGCCAUGUUGGAGGGAAUAACAACCAGAAUUUGACCAGCGUGGGGUUUGACAUUUUUAGUUUGGUAAUUUGACCUUGGCUGGAGGUCAAACUCAGCAUUUUCUGUGGACUGAGUAUCAAAAACUGUCAUUUCAUUCAUCGUCUGGUCUGACGAUGAAUGAAAUGCGUUUUAUGAUAAAAAUUACUGUUUCUGUUUAAUGGAGUCUGGUGGCUUUGAUGACAGCGAUUUAUUGGUUGUUUCUGGUUAAACAAAAAGGAUGUUACACUUUCACAUUCAUUACUGGGCUCAUUUCAAACAUUGUCAUCCCUUUGAGUCACUUGGACACAAAAUAUGGGAAAAUAGGAUCCAUAAUAAGAUAAUAUUUGACCAGAAUUUCUCCCAUUUGUCCGGGACAUUGAAAUUUUUCAGGACAUGAGAAAAGACAAAAUAGUUGCAGUUAUUGAAAAAUAAAUAGAUUGUGCAUCAGUUUUCAUUCCUCCAACAUGGCAGCCCUGACCUCUCCUCAUUACAGGCCUCUGUUGAAGGUUUGAUAUUGUGAAAGACGUGUGCAGACUGUGCUUCCUUAUUGCCUUCAUAUUAUGAUUUAUAUUUAGAUUUUCUCUGGAUUUAUGCUUAUGCAGUGAACAGAGUCAUUCCAUAGGUUUCCUCCCACGUACUAAACACUGUAACUGUUACUGAAGUGUGUGUAUCAGUGUGCGGUCACACAGGGGUUCGGCCACAAUACCUUGUCACUGAGGACCCUUCAAGCUGCCAACGCCGGCCCCGUCAAGAGUCGCUCAUAGGCAGCACGACUUCAACCACAUCCCGAAGUUUGAUUGUCUUCUUUGGAUGAAAUUACAGCUUUAUCCAGGCUCAAAGAGAAUCAUAUUCCUCCUCCUUUCUUUUCCACCAAUACUGUAAGAAUACUGUGAGUCAGUCUUCAGGUAAAAAGAAAAACACAAAGCAAUUAUCUAAUUAAAUGUAUCUGGUUGCUCUCAAAGCUCUGUGGGGUUUUUGUGUUUCUCGUGUCAUUCAUACGUACCUGGCGUCAU